UGUAUCCUACCGGAAGCAGUUGCUGGGCAGAGUCGCCGGUUUUCACUUCCUUGUUGCUGACAGCUAACAGUGCUGCACAAUGAAAAUACUCACGUUAUGGAGCCUUUUUUCCACAUACUUAUUAGCUAGCAGCCUUAACAUCGAGGAUAAUGCAGGACAGUUCUUCAGCAGUGGCCAUACCAACAACUGGGCUGUUCUGGUGUGUACUUCCAGAUUCUGGUUCAACUACCGUCAUGUGGCCAAUACUCUGUCAGUCUACAGAAGUGUUAAGAGGCUGGGCAUUCCUGACAGCCACAUAGUGCUCAUGCUGGCUGAUGACAUGGCUUGUAACCACAGAAACCCAAAACCUGCCACAGUGUUCAGCCAUAAGAACAUGGAGCUGAAUGUGUAUGGAGAUGAUGUGGAGGUGGACUACCGAGGAUAUGAGGUGACUGUGGAGAACUUCCUGCGUGUUUUGACUGGAAGGCUGCCACCCAGCACUCCGCGCUCCAAACGCCUCCUCUCUGAUGACCGCAGCAACAUCCUCAUAUACCUGACCGGCCACGGCGGGAAUGGUUUCCUAAAGUUCCAGGACUCUGAGGAGAUUAGUAACGUGGAACUAGCGGAUGCGUUUGAACAGAUGUGGCAGAAAAGGAGGUACAAUGAACUGCUCUUCAUCAUUGACACCUGUCAGGGCGCCUCCAUGUACGAGAGGUUCUACUCUCCAAACCUCAUGGCUCUGGCCAGCAGUCAAGUCGGAGAGGACUCCCUGUCGCACCAGCCAGAUUUGGCCAUAGGAGUCCAUUUGAUGGAUCGCUACACCUUCUACCUUCUGGAGUUCCUGGAGGACAUCCAUCCUGCAAGCAAAACCAACAUGAAUGACCUGUUCAAAGUAUGUCCCAAGAGUCAGUGUGUGUCCACUCCAGGCCACCGUACUGACCUUUUCCUGAGGGAUCCAGGAAGUGUACUCAUCACAGAUUUCUUUGGUAGCGUGCGCAAAGUGGAGAUCACCAUGGAAACUAUUGACUUGACCGACCCCAUCGAGCAGGUGGAGCAGAGUCCUGUGAAUGAAGAGCUGCAAAAGGAGAAGAACUCGUAUGUGGACCAGCUGCCACUGUCUGAGAUCAUCCAUCAGAAACCGAAGCAGAAGGACUGGCACCCCCCUGAUGGCUUCAUCCUGGGCCUGUGGACUCUAAUCCUUCUGGUGUUUUUCAAGACGUACGGCAUGAAGCACCUCAAACAUAUCUUCUAAAGGCCUCGCACGCUGGAUGUCUGAGGACAUGAAGCUGCAGACGGGGAGCUUUCACUGACGGGAUAUUAGAGGCAAGGUGCAGCUUGUGACAGGCUUAUUUUCCUUAAAAGGGAAAGAAGAUGUAUGGCCCCCCGCACCUGCUGGGCCAGAAAGUGUGCGAUGCAAUUUGGUGCCUUUAGAUUCUUUUGAAUGAUUGUGUAUUACCCCAGAUGUGAUGUGAGAAGGGACAAAUACUCAAGUAAUGCAUCAGAUAUGUGAAGGCUGUUUUUUUUAAAAAACCAUUUUGUGUCAGUUUUUGCUUUUGACAAGGACUCAUAUUUAUCGCUUUUGGUGUCAAAAGUUCUGUUUCUGUCAAGCCAUUCCAUAAUUGUGUUGAUUUGGUUAAAAAAUGCACUGAAUUGAGUCAGCAGAUAAGAAUUUAAUUUAUUUUCGAGAGCAUGCCGCUCUGCAUAUUUUAGCAGCAGCUUUUUUUUUUCUCGUUUAAGUGCUACUCAGAACGUCUGCUCGGUCACAAAGAGAGAAUGUGGGACGAGGGCUGGCUGAUUGUGAGUGGGCUGUAGAGAGAUUACUAUUUAAUGUCUCCCUUGUCCAUAUACAUUACACCCCUUGACCGUCAUAUCACGCUUGUGAAGGAUAACAAUCACACAUAAUCCCAUCUUGCAUGAUGGACCCAUCCACUCUUCCCAUUCACCAAAUUGCCCUCCCUGUGGAAACAUCCAUUAGCUCUCCAGCCAUGUACUCCACUGAUUGUAUUCCGGGUGAUGGACAGCUAUUUCCCCGGCCAUUCCACGUCUCGCACUACAGCAGCGAUAAGUGAGUGAUAACCUAGUAAGCCGCUGGCCGUCCCACAUGAAUCUCCUCUGUGCCGGGACGCGUUUUCCUCCCUUUUUCCGUCCCUUUCCCUCCAUGUGUAAACCACUUCGCAUUAGGCUUAUUGUUGUGGGGGGGAGUGACUGAUGCUCAAAGCAUAUGGAUUGAACCUGCGGUAGUUUAUCUUUGCUCCAUGGCGUGAGGAUCCGCCCAUUGGGUGCCCGCUGACACUCUCCCUCGUGGCUGAAGGGGAAAAUAGAUGGAGUUGGAAAUUGAACCAUGUGUAUUGGGAAGGCGGCUGCUGCGUCAGCCACCAAGUACCUUUUCUUAUGCAUUAUUUAUGCAAUGCUUAUUUCUUCCUCCUUCUCCUCCCGGUGUCUUAUUUCCUGUAAUCUUAUUCUUCUCUCAGAGAAAGCAAGCUCAUUUUAUUUCCUCAGUUGGUCGGAUUUUGAUACCCUGAAUAAAGAUGAAACACUGGAUCACAGA